CAUGAACUUUUGGAUGUAUUUAUGGAUGCGGAAACCAUGGAAGUCAAGGUCGAAAUUGGCGCGCAAUGGUAAACGGCCUCCAAGCACUUGCCGUUUUCUCCGUCAGAGGUACUGUCUUCUUUUUCCUGCGGAGGUUCUGGCUAAAAAGCCGUUUCGAAAUUGGUUAAAUAACAUUGUGCCCGAAAUAAUAAAUGCCUCGGAACCCCUGCAUGCCACCGCUAUAACAAGAUGGUAUUCUGCGCUGUUAUUGGCUGUUCGAACAAUUCGCAGAAAACUCGUGGCAUUAGCUACUUUAGGUUUCCGUCAUUGCGGAACCGUGGUACAAGCUACAACCAUCCAAAAUGCGCCAAGAGGCUUGCGAUGUGGAUAAAAGCGCUCAGGAGAGCUGAUCUUACUAUGAACAAGAUUCAGCAUGAACGGGUCUGUUCCAAUCACUUUAUUUCAGGUGCUCCAGCUAGUUUCCAUGAUGAAAACAAUCCAGAUUGGGUCCCGACUCUAAACCUUGGCUACACCAAAGUCGACGGCAAAUUUAAAAGGAUCGUCCCAGAAAAAGAAGAUGUUUAUGAGUCCGAAGAUGAUGAUGAUGGAAUAGAAUAUGAUGAUGAGGAUGAAAUGGAAGAUGAAGAAAAUGAAGAUGAAGAUUUUUCAAAUGGACAGAGCAAAGUUAUGUUGGGAACAACAUGUAUAGUUGAUAGUUGUAAAAAUAAUCUUUUGAAAACGCGGAAGAAAGGCCUCAACAUUUCUUACUACAGAUUUCCAGUAGAAGAAAAGCUAUUAUUGAAAUGGAAAGACAGAUGUAAACUCAACAGUAGCAAUGUUUUAAAAUCUGCAAGGAUAUGCUCAGAACAUUUUAAAGAUGAUGAUUUCCACUUGUCCUCUUUUCAAGGAAAGCGGCAAUUAAAACCUGAAGCUGUCCCCUCUUUGAAUCUCGGUGGGAACAAAUUAUCUAAAACAAAGUUGAAUAAUAGUGUCAACAGAAAAAAAAGGAUCAAAGGCAACUCUUCAAACAGUGAGGAUGAAAUUUCACAAGGUUCAGAUUACGAAGAGGUGAUUAAAGUUCGGAUUGCUCCGAUGGAUGGCGAGUCGAGCUCAGAUGAGAGCCAGCCGCGAAAAAGGUCAAGGAAGCGUAAAAUCAGCUCAGCUUCUGAUAUCAAGGCGAUUGAUGUUUCCGAUUCCAGCGGUGAGUUCUAUUUGGGAGUUGAUAACGAUGGAAAGUGGAUGCCAUCAAGACCUUCGAAAAUAAGUGCCAAAAAGGAAAAAAUGAGUGAAAUAGGUUCAGGUAGGAAACGAAAGGUGUAUGAUGAUAGAGCUGAGGAAGAUUUCGAUCCGUUGGAAUUGGAGGAAUUGAAUGAGAGAGUAGACGACACCCCGGCCAUUGUCAUGCCUCCUUCUUUGGGCUCAAUGUUGAAAGAAGGAAAAUUGGUCCCAGAUGACAAAGAAGCUAUUAUCAAAAUGCUCGAAGAAAGAAUAUUAGAGCAUAGUAGGAUUGUUGAAGAUAAAAAUGUAACACCAUUUUCUUCCAAGUCAAAGAAAAAAGUUACCACACCUUUUAAUAAAAGUGCUCUUUCAAUUUCUACUGAUAGUGGUUUUGAAAAGAACGACAAAGAAGAGGCUAUAACAUUCUCAAUUCCCCUUUCUGCAUUAGAAAUAGAAGAUAAUUAUAGUACAAAGGUUUCUCCAGAAAAAUCUGUUGAUAGUCUUAACAGGGACAACUUAAAAUCUCCUAAUGCUGAUUUACUAUUAGAGAAUGGAUCUAAACCUGACACCUUUGAAAGUUUAAAAAAGAAGUAUGAUAUUCUUUUAACACAGAAAAUUGAAUUACAAAAAGAAAACAGUGAGUUGAAACAAAAGUUAAAAGCGUGUAAUGAAGAGCUUAAAACAAAGUGUCAGGAACUUCAAGUCUCUACUGUGAUGCAUGACAACGUUGUGGCUAAACUGACAAAAAUAGAAACGUGUUUGUCCAAAAUGCUGACACCCAAUCAGAUAAAACUUUUGCUCAAUGAUGUUAAAAAGGUUUCUUGGACACCUCAAGAAAUGCUGUCAGCUUUCACAAUACGCUACCUGAGUAAACGCUGUUACUAUUACCUGCGCCAGAAGCUCAAUUAUCCCUUACCAGGGAUUUCAUCAGUUCAGCGAUGGGCUGCCGUUAUGACAAAACAGCAUGGUGGCAAUCUCAAAGAAGUAGAGGAAGCUGUUUACAUGAUAUCUGGUGAUUGUGAUGAAGAAGAGGAAGAAGUAAUGUUUUUUCCAAAUGCAACCGAUGAUGUGGUCAUAGAAGGUUCUGAUGAACCAAACCAAAAUGAUGGCCAGGAGUUGAUCGAACACACUGAACUGUUAGAAGAAAAAGGCGACAAUCAACAGGAAACUGAAAGCGGAAACAUGGAAACUACAACUAAUUUUACUGAUGAACAAGAACAAAUUGAACACGAUGGAGAAUUAAAGGAACAUGUUAUAUACAUUAAACGAGAAGAAAAUUGGGAAGAAGCAAACCUAGUCAACGAAAAUGUCAUAGGCGAAUAUUCAGAAGAUCCAGAAUGUGUAACUUAUCAAGAAGAAAGAACAGAUGAUGACAGAACUGAUGGACCUUUGCUCAAAGCUCUUCUCAUUGGAAAAUUGGAGGAUCAACAAGCAGGUGAGAGUGGGGAACAACAAGACCCAUUAUCAGCCAUGCAAACAGUUGACACAAAUGAAAAUGCAGAAGAGUUCCCCCAUAAUGUCAUUCUCGUGGAGGCCAUAGAUGGUGUAGAUCCUGAAACCAUCCAGUGGCAGGUUGAAAACGCAGAAGAAGGUGGUCACUAUUACAUAACAGACGAAAAUGUAUUAGCACGGUUUGAAGAAGGUGACAAUAUCCAUGUUCUAACCGAAGAAGGUGUUAUAGAAAAUUGUAAGCAGGAUGAUCCGACAAAUGCAGAAACUCCGACUUUCAGCAUGACACCAGAAAACUUUGAACAAGGGGAAAACAACGAUCGGAUCCUCCACUACCUUUACAGAAUAAACGAAGUCAGUCCUCUCACGACCAACAACUCAGCUGACCACAGUUAUGCAAUUGCAACAAUCGACAAGUACAUAAGGACUAAAGAAAGGCACAAAAACAGAAGACCUGCUAAAAGGCCAUAAGCCUUCAGGUUGAUAAGAAAUGUGUAAAUAGAAAAUUUGAAACUGUAUUAUCGCAAUUGUAAGAUUUAUAUAUGUAAAUAGAAUAUUUUCAAUAAUUUUUGUAUAUAUCAGUGUUUCAUUUGUUUCAUGUAAAAUUUUAA